CACCAAAAGAAUGCAUGAAUCAUUUCAGGGUUUUAACAUUUUAUAGAACACCAAAUUUCUCUUAUCACAACUGUUUUUAUGAGACUAUACAGUAUCUUUAUGAGAUUUAUCCAUCCUUUCCAUUCAGUUUUAGAUGCCACUAAAAAAGCCAAACCCUCCUUGUUUUUGCACAUGAUUAUAAAAGGUCUGUGACCGUGAGGGGAGGUGUUUUCAGGUCCUGUAAAGUGCUGUAAAGCCUCUUUCUUGUAGAAUAUAAACCACUGCUGUGAAGACACAGGCCUCUCUCGCAACCUUUGGAUUUGGUCAGGCAUUAGCGAUUCUUCACAAGCUUUGUUGACAGAUGUACAAAGAUGAAAUUGUCAUUUAGUGUGUCGGUGCUCCUGCUGUGUUGUGUCUGCUGUGUAAAAGCGAUCACUAUUGAGUCAUGUCCGUCAGCAACUGCAAGCAUCAUUCAGGCACAGAGUGAGGAAACCAUCACGCUGACCUGUGUCACUGAUGCUGGUCUCGACCCAUCAAACCAAAUUGAACUGCAGUGGUACCGCAAUGAUGACCUGGUGGAUCUGAAAGAAGAAAACCGCCUGCACCGAAGCAGUCUGUGUGUACAGCCCAUCACCAAAGAGGAAAAUGGAGUCAUCUUUACAUGUCAGCUGAAGGGGGACGCAAGCGUGAACAGCUCUGUUGAGCUUGACGUCCAAUUUGCCCCUGAUCUUAAUGACACUGAAGAUAUAUUGGUUGAAGAAGAAAGUGAUGUUGUUCUGUCCUGUGAUGUCCAUGCCAAUCCUGCAGUAACUGUGGCCUGGAAAAAAGACGGCGAAGUUCUCGAUCUGACCACCGGUAGUUACAAAACCACCAAUAAUGGCAUUACUGCUCAGUUAUCAAUCCCAAAUAUUAAGCGUGAUGUACAUCAAGGAACGUACAUCUGUGAUGUGAUCUCACUUGUCUUUGGAACUAGAAACAAGAGCUUUAAAAUUACAGUUGAAGACAAAACUUUAAAGUUCCCUUUAGAACCCAUGAUUGCUGGACUGGUUGUGGUUGCUUGCACAAUUGUAUUAGCAAUAUUCGCUCGGCUGGACAAAAUUAAAAAGUGCUGCAAAAGAAAUUAAAGCUCUUCAAAAAGGAAUAGCAUUUCAGGAAUCAAACCAGAGUUAUUUGAGACAUUGAGAUCUAAGGACAUCACCAUCCGACAUGCCUGACUGGAAUGCAGUACCGCUGUUCUGGUCAAUGGAACACCCUGCCUCUUCAAUCUGAAUGAAAACCCAAAUUCCUCUUAUUUCCUGCCUUGCAUCUUUGUUUGGUUAUCAUUUAUUAGUGUGUUUCUACUGAUAAAUCUUUGAGAUGAUUUCCUUGUGCAUUUGUCCCUAAAUUACACUUUAUCUUUUAUUUUUUUCUUUGAGCCAGUCAUGACUAUAGCCAACCAAGAACACUGACAGCCAUGUCAAAUAAACUUGUUAACGUAAAUCACAAACCAUUGUAAAUUCUCAAGGUCAAAGAUUUAUUUUUAUGUAAAUAGAAAUGUACCUAGAAGUCAUUAACCUUGUGUAUAAUAUGUAGUUAUGGUCACAAAGGAAACUUCCUUGUCUGUCGUCAGGUUUAUAUUCUUUGAUGACUACAGAAGAUCAAAUUUAUUGCUCAAACAAAUAAAAUG